UUGAGGAAGCCAAUGAAUGCCUUCAUGUUGUGGGCCAGGGGAGAGAGAAGAGAGCUGCUGAAGUUGCACGCGGGAGUGCACAACUCCAGUAUCAGUAUUUUGUUGGGUUUGAAAUGGAAUAAGAUGACAGAAAAUGACAAGCGACCGUAUUACGAAGAACAACUGAAACUUACCAAGAUGCACAGGGAA